UUCUACUCUGCUUCGUUUGACUAACAUCCAUUGCAUGUUAUUCGGUCAUCUGCUCUUGUAUUUUAUUUAUACAAAUUCUUUCAACACAAAAAUGAGUAAACAUUUACAGCGGUAACGUAUAAUCACGCGGCUCAUCAAAAAGCGCCAAUCUAAAGCUCACUUUUUAAUUGUCAUGAAUCAAUUUUCCUACCCGGGAUUUUUCCUUCAAUCGUAAAAUGAUAUAUUUUUUAUGAUGUAUAUACUCUUCUCAUUUAUGGUCGAAAUUGUUUGUCGUAUAUAUUUGUUUGUCCUGAUCUAUAGCCUGCCACCUGCUGCACAUUAUAUUAUGAGAGUACUGUAAAAUAUCAAUACUUUUUAUCACAUAUAAAUCAAACUUAAUGAUGUAAUAAACGACGAAAGUGCUCGUAAAAAAUAGAACGAUGAAUAUAUAUGAAUGACUAGUUUUUUUACCGCGACGGAGCAGCAACAGGUGCAUAUGAAUAUAACCUAGAAAAAUGUUAAAAAAUAUUGUGCGUGAUCCCAAAGCAUACUUUCGCUCAAGUUUGGUAAAUCAGCGAAUAAUAAAAAAGUUUUCUUUAUCUGGUGGUAUCUGAAACGGCGAGUCUUUGGUCAACAAAAUCGAAUUGAAGCAGCUCUAUGAAGAUGUGGCAAACUUGGAAGUUACGAGCUUUAUCUAAUUCGGAGAGAGUGAAAUGGCGCUUUCCGGACUCGUCUCGAAAAUUUGGUGCAAAUUCAGCAUCGGAAAAUGGUAAUUGUUUGGCAGAAGAUUCCCACGUGAAACUUCCCAAUGAAGCCAAAGUUGUAAUCUGCGGAGGGGGUGUAAUGGGUGCUGCGGUAGCUUAUCACCUUGCUCUUAUGGGACUUGGACCACGAACAGUGAUCGUUGAGAGUUGCAGAAUUGGCGGUGGAUCGACGUGGCAUGCAUCAGGACUCGUUGGUGCUUUUAAACCCAGUUUAGCCCAAGUCAAGUUAGCCCAGGAUAGUAUAGCGCUUUACAAAGAACUGGAAGAAAAAGGAUUGUCCACUGGUUGGAAACAAUGCGGAAGUCUUUCGUUAGCUCGAACGAGAGAUCGUAUGACGACUUUCAGGAGAAUGAAAGCUCAAUCGGUAUCUCGGGGAAUCGAAUGUCAUCUCGUAACACCACAAGAGGCCCAAAAGUUAUGUCCGCUUUUACGAAUAGAUGAUCUUGUUGGUGCCAUUUGGAUUCCAGGAGAUGGAGUCGCAGAUCCCUAUAAAACUUGCCUUGCCUUCAUGCAGCAAGCACAACGUAAAGGUGUUCGAAUAUAUGAAAAUUGCAAAGUUACGAAAAUCGUAACGCACGAAGAUCGCGUGACAGCUGUAAAAACUUCCCGAGGUUCAAUUGAGUGUGAGCAUUUUGUAAACGGCGCUGGAUUCUGGGCGAGGAGCGUGGGAAAAUUAAGCGAACCGUACGUCAAAGUUCCCCUACAUCCGGUAGAACAUUAUUAUUUACACACGAAAGAAUUCGAGGGAUUGGAUCCGAUGACUCCCGUGAUACGCGAUCCGGAUGGUUACAUAUAUUUUCGCGAAAACGAAGGGCGUUUGAUUGCUGGUGGAUUCGAGCCGAUCGCGAAACCUGCUUUCGAUGACGGAACGAUACCCGAAAAUAUCGCUGAGAGGAAUUUGCCGCCCGACUGGGACCAUUUUCAUGUAUUGUUGGAGCAAAUGCUUCACAGAAUUCCAAAACUUGGUGAUGUAAAACUCGAACGGCUGUGCAAUGGUCCCGAAGCUUUCUCACCUGACUGUAAAUGGAUCGUUGGCGAAGCACCAGAAAUACGAAAUUAUUAUAUUGCUGCUGGAAUGAAAACCGUUGGCGUGUCAGCGGCGGGCGGAGUAGGUCGAGCGACCGCCGAACUCAUUGUAAACGGUUCGACGUCUUUGGACAUGUACGAAUUGGAUGUUUCGCGGUUUCUGGGUUUGCACAAUAAUCGUGAAUUUUUGCGUGACAGAUCGCGUGAAGUUCCAAGUAUACACUACGCCCUUCCAUAUCCUCAUCUUGAAUUCACGAGCGGCAGAAAUUUGAGAAUGUCACCGAUAUAUCCAAAGCUCAAAGAAGCCGGUGCAUUUUUUGGACAAGUUAUGGGAUACGAAAGACCUUCGUGGUUUCAAUCAGAUGAUGAAUGUGAUCUCAAUUCGGUUGAGGGAUCGGAAAAUUACAAAAUAGCUUAUACAAAUACAUUCGGAAAGCCACCGUGGUUCGAUCCAGUUGCUGAUGAAUACGCAGCUUGUCGAGAAACUGUUGGCCUGAGCGAUUAUUCUUCUUUCACAAAAAUCGAUUUGUGGUCGAAAGGCACGGAGGUUGUUGAUCUUUUGCAGUAUUUGUGCUCGAAUGACGUCGACGUUCCGGUGGGAAGUAUUAUACAUACGGGAAUGCAAAAUUCCCGUGGAGGAUACGAGAACGAUUGCAGUUUAGCGAGAAUCGCUUUCAAUCAUUAUAUGAUGAUUGCUCCAACGAUCCAACAAACACGUUGCAAGCAUUGGAUAAAUCGACAUUUACCGACUAACGGAUCAGUUGUAUUAUCGGACGUAACUUCAGCUUACACAGCUAUCUGCAUAAUGGGUCCUUCAACGAGACCUUUGCUAUCUGAACUCACCGACACUGAUUUAUCACCCAAGAAUUUCCCAUUUUUCACAUUCAAGGAACUCGACGUGGGCCUCGCUAAUGGAAUUCGAACAAUGAACUUAACGCACACCGGAGAAUUGGGCUACGUCCUUUAUAUACCAAACGAGUUUGCUCUACACGUGUACACAAAACUGAUAGAAGCCGGUGCGAAGUAUAAUAUACGGCACGCUGGUUAUUACGCAACGCGAGCUCUGAGAGUUGAAAAAUUUUAUGCUUUUUGGGGCCAAGACUUGGACACUUUUACAACGCCCUUGGAGUGCGGACGUUCGUGGAGAGUUAAAUUUCAUAAAGACAUUGAUUUCAUCGGACGCGAGGCUUUAUUGAGACAAAGAGAAGAUGGGGUCAAGCGUAAAUACGUACAGUUAUUGUUGAACGAUCACGAUCCAGAUAUAGAUUUAUGGUGUUGGGGUGGCGAACCAAUUUAUCGAAACGGACGCUAUUGUGGAAUGACUACCACCACGGGCUACGGAUUUACUUUCAAGAAGCAGGUAUGCUUAGGUUUCAUCCAAAAUUUGAAUGAGAAGAACGAGGAAAGAGAAGUAACGAACGAAUACGUACUAUCUGGAGAUUACGAGAUCGAUGUUGCUGGCAUUAAAUAUCACGCCAAGUGUCAUCUUCAUAGUCCGAACCUGCCAACGAAAUAUCCGGACCAAGAGCGCGAUGCUUAUCACGCGACGAGAGAUCAAAUAAACACGUAAACUCAA